AAUGUUAAGACUUGGAAUAGUUUCAAACUUCUAAAAAUUAAAAACCAUAAGAAAGGCAUCGGCAGAAUUUGAAGAGAUUGAUUCAGUUUUUGACAUGUGUACAUUUUAGGAACUCCCGAAGUUAAUAGAGGUUUUUAUUUUGUUCUGCAUAUGUGAAAAAAUUUAGUGUAACACAGUAAGUUCUUAGAGUGCUGUUUGGUAAUGCUACCCUAAAUAGACUGCACUCCUACUGGCUGGACUUUGUGAACAGAGAAUUAAUCCUCCCAGGUGCAUGUCUGUAUAAAAAUCUUUAGGGUGGUCUGGGAAGAUGCACAGGAAACUUCAAACUCACUCUGCUAAAGAAGCAUUCCUGCUAUGAUCUCCACACAGCACCUGCCACACCCCAACGAAAUUCAAAGAGCAAUGGACUGCCCAAGCAAAGAGAAGGAGCUUAAUGAACAGCAGUCUGAAUGUCAGGAUGGGUCUAAUUGCCCUGACUAUUGUCCAGCAACAGCAGAAUCCAAUUCAGAAUCACCAAGAAUUCUUAAAAUACUGCAGAAGUGGAUUCCUACAGUUUCUCCCUAUUUUGACAAGGAGCAUUAUUGUUAUGCAGACCACCAGAUCACUAUUCAAGAAUCAUUAGACCACUUCGGAGCUAUAGUAUGGCCCGGUGCAUUGGCUUUAUCUCAGUACCUGGAAUCAAAUCAACAAGAGAUCAACCUAAAAGACAAAAAGGUACUUGAAAUUGGUGCUGGAACAGGACUGGUAUCCAUUGUGGCUAGUAUACUAGGAGCUUAUGUUACAGCUACUGAUUUGCCUGAAGUACUUGAAAAUCUCAAAUUGAAUAUUUCAAGAAAUACACAAAACAUGAAUAUACACCAACCUGAAGUGAGGAAGCUGGUGUGGGGAGAAGACCUCAAUGAAGACUUCCCUAAAUCAACUCACCAUUAUGAUUUCAUUUUGGCAAGUGAUGUUGUCUACCACCAUACAUCUCUGGAUCCAUUGCUAACAACAAUGGUAUAUUUAUGUCAGCCAGGGACAGUAUUAUUAUGGGCAAAUAAAUUCAGACUCAGCACAGAUUUUGAAUUUUUAGAGAAACUUGGCAAUAUAUUAAUCGUUACACUUCUAGCAGAAUUUCCAGAAUCAAAUAUCAAGCUGAUUAAAGCUACAGUAAAAGAGAAUUAAGAGAAAACAAUACAGUCACAGUUUUGAUGCCCCUCAAAGUUUAUGAGUUUCUAGUUUUUAGUACAUAAUGCACACUGAGUGCAUUAAUGUCCAUAAACCUGUCCCUGAGUCUUUGAAUUUUGCACUUCAAUACAUGAAAAAUUAAGAUGGAGGAUAAUAAUAUCAGGACACUUAACUGUCUGAUUUGUCUCAUAAGCUUAGACAUGAUUUACUCAAGCAAAUCAAUUUAUUGCUGCCAGAGGGUCAGCAGUAACAAAACACAGCCAGAAGGUAAAGUUCCAAAAUUUCAAAUCAACUAUUAGAUCUAGCUAUAGAGUAAACUCCUCGCUUAAUGUUGUAGUUAUGUUCCUGGAAAAUGUGACUGUAAGCGAAAUGAUGUUAAGCAAAUCCAAU